AUGGAUGAUACAGACGAAGGCAUUGCUAUUGUGGGCAUUGGCUGCAAUUUUCCAGGAGGGGAAGGCCUUGACAACUUCUGGAAUGUUUUGUUGGAGGGGAAAAACUGUACAGUACGCAUUCCAAAGGAAAGGUUCGACUGUGCGUCCUGGUACGACCCAGAUGAUGAGAAGCCUGGGAAGUCAUGUACGGAGCGCGCUGCACUAAUGGAAGGGUUAAGUGAAUUUGACCACAAGUACUUUGGCAUCGAUGAGACUGAAGCAUUUCAACUAGAUCCUCAGCAGAAGAUCCUGCUACAAUGUUCCUAUAGAGCCCUGGAGAAUGCUGGGAUACCAAUGGAAAAGGCCAGUGAAACCAAAACUGGCGUGUACAUUGGAAUUGGGAACCGGGAUUUUGAACACCUACUAACAAAUAAUAGCCCAAGUCAAAUAAAUCACCGCAGUGUGACGAGCGCAGGCAUGGCGAUAGCCGCUAACCGCCUCUCCUACGUUUUCAACUUCACGGGGCCCUCCUUGGCUUUGGACACGGCCUGCUCUUCCUCUCUGGUGGCCCUGCAUCUGGCAUGCCAGGCUAUAAGAAAUGGGGACUGUGAGAUGGCUCUGUGCGGCGCUGUCGGCUGCAUUCUUGAGCCACGAAUCUUCGUCGCCCUCAGCAAAGCGAAGAUGGUCUCACCCGAGGGUACCAGCAAGCCCUUCUCCCGCCACGCAGAUGGCUACGGCAGAGGGGAAGGCUGUGGGAUUGUUGUGCUGAAGAAACUCAAAAAGGCCCUGGAUGACUUUGACCACAUCUGGGGGGUCAUAAGUGUGACCGCUGUUAACCAAGAUGGUUGCUCCACCACGCCAAUCAUUAAGCCCUCACUGGUCCAGCAGGAGGAGCUGUUGAGCAUGAUCUACCCUACGCGCAUCAAUCCGUCACACGUGCAGUACGUAGAGGCUCAUGGGACAGGAACGCUACUGGGAGAUCUCACAGAGGCGAAGAGUAUCUCCAGUGUUAUUGCUAAAGCCAGGAGUGCCGAGAUGGGCACGCUCCUCAUUGGCUCGGUGAAGGGUAACAUUGGACACACGGAGCUGACAGCUGGGAUGGCAGGACUCAUCAAGGUGCUCCUGAUGAUGCAUCACAGGACCAUUGUUCCCUCAUUAUUCUACUCUGAGGACAGUGCCAGCAUUGAUGCCAAAGAGCUGAAUGUAAAGGUCCCCACUGUGGUGGAGAAGUGGGAGCCAAAUGGUCCUUUCGAAAGGGCUGCUGGCAUCAGCAGUUUUGGGUUUGGGGGCACAAAUGCACAUGCAGUUGUGAAACAGCACAAGUCAGUCUCUGCUGCUCAAGCCGCAAUGGGACAUUCAUUCUGUAUUUUCAUCCUCUCUGCCAAAACUGAAAAAUCCAUCAUGAUGAUGAUUGAGGACACAGCUCAGAAGAUAAGCACGAACAGUACAGUGGACAUACAGCAUAUAGCAUACACUUCAGCAUGUAGGAGAAGUCAUGCAAAGCACAAAUAUAGAAAAGCUUUUGUGGUAUCUUCUCUAAGGAACUUAGAAGCUCAACUUAGGUCUGCACUAAACAAAAAAGUUGUGCCAUCAAGGAUGAAUCCCAGGCUGAUAUUUGUGUUUUGUGGAAAUGGUGUCACCUACAAAGGGAUGUGUAGUCAGCUACUGAAAGAGGAACCUGUUUUUAGGGAAAAGGUCAAAGAAAUAGACACUCUAAUGCAACGUUACAAAGGCACCGGUGUCUUUGAGAGGUUACAGGACGACAGUGACGAUUCCUUUGAACCACAAGUUAUCCAGCCACUGCUCUUUGCCAUCCAGGUUGCCAUUCACAGUGUUUUGAAACACUGGGGCAUCAACGCAGAUGCUAUUGUCGGGCAUUCUGUGGGUGAGAUUGCUGCAGCCCAUUGCUCUGGUCUGCUGUCGUUGGAGGAUGCAGUGAAGGUACUUUAUUUCCGCAGCACUUUGCAGAACCAGGUAACUGGAGGGAAAAUGCUUGUCAUCAGCAAUGUGCCAGUAUCGGAAAUCCUGAAGCUUCUGUCCCCUUACUCAGGGAAGGUGAGCUUGGCUGCUUUCAACAGCCCACGUUCCUGCACCUUGUCAGGAGAGGGAGACGCAAUAGAUAGCCUCCACCAGAGUUUGCAAACCUCUCCCGCAGGCAAAGAUCUGUUCCUGCGCUUGUUGAACGUCCCUGCAGCUUAUCACAGUCACAUGAUGGAUCCCAUCCUGACGAGAAUGGAGAAGUCCAUAGGAACCUUGGACGCAAAAAAACCCGAGACUGAGCUUUUUUCGACAGUGACGGGAGCGCCAUUUUCCGAAGGAGAUUUUUGCACUGGUAAAUAUUGGGCCAGGAACAUCAGAGAGCCGGUGGCAUUUGAGCAGGCCAUAAAGUCAGCAGCAAAAGGAAUGAAGAACGUAGUUUUUUUGGAGAUAGGUCCCAGACAUGCCUUAAAAAGGAAUAUCAUGGAGACACUGGAGGAGGACACUGUUGUGUUACCCUCCGUUCUGCCUGAGAAAGACCAGGAGACACUGCUUAAUGUGUUGCCCAAGCUCUAUGAGCUCGGCCACCCUGUGAAAUGGGAGCAGUUUUACAAAGGGUGUGAAGUUCCACCAGCACCUUUCCCACAAUAUCAGUUUGACAGCCCAAAAAAUGUGACAUUUUAUGUAACACAAGCGAGCACUGGAAGCGAUCAUGUCCUGCUCAACAGUAUAGGGACAAACCGAUUUCUCUGCAAUUGCUUCUCUGACACGGUCUCAUACCUUCGUGAACACAAGAACAACGGAGUUGCCAUCAUCCCUGGCUCCUUCUACGUUGAACUGGCUUUGGCAUCCUGCAUGGCAAGUUCAAAACCAAAAGUUCCUCUCAGCUCAUUGCAGCUCACAAUAAAUUUCCACAUCCCAUUUGUUUUGAACCACAAGUCGCCUGAACUGACUGUGCAGCUUGAUCCAGGAGAGGGUGAGAUGGCUGUCCAAAUUCAAUCUUCUUCAGCAAUCUAUGCAUCAGGCAGCAUCAAAUGCAGGCCAGGGAAGACAGUGAAGCUGCAGACAAUCUCCAUGCAUAGUAUUCACCAGAGAUGUACGCCCCUGAUGGAGUCUGAGGAAUUGUACAAGAUGCUCAGUAAGUCCGGAUUCGAACAUGGCUCAGUUUUCCGAAACACUGGAGAGCUGUAUUAUGGAAAAGAGUUCAAUGAAGUUCUCUCCUUCGUGAAGGUUCCAGAUGAAUUGCAAGAACACUUACAUGACUACUGCAUUCACCCAGUGGUGCUAGAUUAUUUAAUGCAAAUUGCAGCAGUGUUUGCAGAUAAAGCACGAAUUUCAAAACCCGGAUAUCCAUCGUCCAUAGGGAGUGUGUCUGUUUUUGAACCUCUGCAGAAGGAAAUGUUCAUGUACUUACGAGCAACAUAUGUUGAUUCCGACAUCAUAAUAUGUGGUUGCUUCACAGACAAAGAGGGCCGAGUUUUAACUGAACUCCAAGACAUGAAGAUCACGCAUUUGAGCAGCAUGCCCCUGGGCAUCAGAGAGUUCUUCUUUGAAAGUGAAAUAAAUGUCACAGCUACAGAAAACAACUCAAGCCACAAACCCAAAGCUCUGGUGUUUGCAGAUCUACAGGGGGUAGCUCUUGCACUGAAGCAGUACUUACAUGAUGACUCUUCUUACAUGGAUUUUAAACAUGACAAAGAAGAAGUUCUUGGCUUAUUGCUGGCUUUAGAUUUCUCCAGUUUGGAUCACGAGGAAAUUUUGUUCAUCUGGGGUGUUUUUGACCUGACUAAUCUCGAAACAGAAAACGUUAUGCAGCGCUUACUAACUUGCUGUGAGUGUUUCCGACAACUUGUUCUCAAGCUGUAUGAAGCAAAAUUUUCACAUCCUUUGAGGAUCAUAACCUAUGGUUCAUCAGAAAAGACAGUGUUCAACAUCAACUCAGGCUUUGUUCUUCCUGGUCUGACCAGAGGAUGUGCAGCAGAGUUUGAAUUUUUCAAAUUUCAGUUGAUUGACAUUGAGUCCAUUUCGUACAAGGACAUUGAAGCUCUUGGUCAGGUGAUUCGCUCUUACCCAUGUACAAAAUAUCCAGAGAUCAUAAUAAGUGAUGGUCAGAUUCAUUCAGUUACACUUUCUCAUACACCUUUCAAAGACAACAGCAGUCAGAAAGUGGGUCAUUCAGAGAGUGAAUGCUUUGCCCUGCAGACAGUUGACCCAUACCAGGUUGCCAGGUUAUCAGCUAUUCCCAUUGGUGACAUAGAUGUAGACAUUCAAGAGCAAAUGAUUGAGAUUGAGCUGACCAAAGUCUGCAUCCAUUCUAUGGACUACUUUCCUGUCACAACUUCUGAUCUGAACUUUGGCCAGACUUUGUACUGGAGUGAACACAUUUCUCAGAACCACACACUCCUAGCACUUGACUUCAGUGGUAUAGUUACAGCUGUGGGUAGCAAAGUGGUUGACUUUAAAACGGGAGAUCCAGUUGUUUCCUGCUACCCAGUGGUUGCAUCCUCUAAGCUCAGGAUUCCAGAAGUUGCAUGUUACAGCGCCAAGAAGUUUCCUUUUCUCUUGGAUCUCCCUUGCAUGUCUUACUUUGUGUUGGCAUGGGAAAUUUUGUUUAAAGAGCUGCCUGAAGUAAAUCAUCACAUGAAGCUUGGUAUCAUCUCAUCUCAACUUAAUUCUGCUCUGAUGAAUGUCCUGGUGGCAGCUGCAUUUGAGAAAGGAUGGAGUUCAGUGCUUACUUUCCAGGAUGUAGGAACAGUACCCCAUAAAGAUCUGUGUGAUGCACUAGUCCUUUUGCCUCCACUGAAUCCAUCUUUCAUUGAUCAAGUGUGCAGAGUGUGUCCUGCAAAAGACAUCAUUGUGGUCUGUGACAGCAAGAACCUGACUUCUAUAUCUCAAAAUAUCCUGAAAAAUGAAAACGACAAUGUUUGCAUUCAUACCGUUCACGCAGAAAAAGUUUUCCAAAAGGCAUACCUUAGGAACCACAAAAAAGACAUUGACAAUUGGCUAAAAUCAAUGCAUUUUGAUGCGAGCACUUUCAGUUUACGGUGGAACACAUUCCAAUCUGUAAUACCGAAAAGUUCAGAGACAAUGCCGUCUCAGUCUUACUUCAACUCAGAUAGAAUACCUGUAAUUGUUCUAAAUGAUAAAGCAGGAAGUGAGCUUUCAGACAUCCUCAUGCUUGAGAAACAAAAAGUACGUUUUCAGAGGAAUGCAGUGUAUGUAGUGUCAGGAGGACUUUCUGGCUUGGGGUUUGAAACUGUCAAGUUCAUUGCUGAGCGUGGUGGUGGUUACAUUGUCACGCUUUCCAGACGAAAACCCACGCAUGAAACUCAGCUGGUCAUUGAUAGUUUGCAGAGUACUUAUAGAAUCACCAUCCUGUGUCAGCAGUGUGACAUUUCGAUUACCUCUCAAGUUGAAGAAGCAUUCUCAGACAUUGGAAAGAAAUUUCCUCAUCCUGUUAAGGGAGUUUUCCACAGUGCAGUAGUCUUGAGUGAUGGGCUGAUUAGCACUCUUAAUGAAUCUCUCUUUGAAAAGGUCCUGAAGCCAAAGGUUAAUGGGGUCCUGAACUUGCAUCGUGUCACCAGGAAAUCCAAAUUAGACUAUUUUGUGUGCUACUCUUCAAUAGCAUCAUGCAUGGGAAGUGCUGCUCAGUCAAACUACUGCGCUGCAAAUUCAUUCUUGGAUCUGUUUUGCCACUACCGGAGGAGGAUGGGACUUGCUGCACAGUCCAUUAACUGGGGUCCUUUGAACCUGGGGCUUCUGCUGAACAAGGACCAUCUGCACACAUUUAUGGAGUCUAAGGGUGUGACCCCAAUGAGUAUCUCAGAGGCCCAUGAAAGUCUUGAGCAAAGUCUGUUGCUGAACAGCCCUCAGCAAAUUGUGUGCAAAUUCAGCUUCAAAAACUUAGCUGCCAGCCGACAAAAUGACUCUCUGAGACAACGUUUGUAUGGAGUACUGGAAACAGUAUUGCAAACUGCAAUGGAACCAGACCCAAGGGUCGAGAUGGUGAAUUCCAGUCUCACCUCUGCACCUGAGGAAUAUAUCAGGCUUUUAUUGUGUGAAAUAUGUGACGCUGAAUUGGAGGCACUUGAAGACAAUGUGUUACUUACUACGCUGGGAGUUGAUUCAAUGUUGGUAAUCACCCUCCAAAAUCACAUAUAUUGGGAGAGAGGCAUCAGCAUCCCUCUAGUCAAACUCCUGGAUCCACAGUGUACACUGAGUACUUUAAUUUCUUAUCUAAAGGUUGACGGGGAGACAGUGGAAUAGAAAUAACUAAAGAAAU